AUGAAGCUGAAGGAAAUCGAUCGUACUGCCAUGCAAGCAUGGAGCCCUGCCCAGCAACACCCCAUUUAUCUGGCCACAGGUACAUCAGCUCAGCAGCUGGAUGCAACCUUCAGUACAAGUGCUUCUCUAGAGAUAUUUGAGUUGGACUUAUCGGACCCUUCACUGGAUAUGAAGUCCUGUGCCACCUUCUCCUCCUCUCACAGGUACCACAAGCUGAUCUGGGGGCCACACAGUAUGACCUCGGGUGAGAGAGUCACUGGAGUCCUGAUUGCUGGGGCUGAAAAUGGAAAUGUCGUUCUGUACGACCCAGCCAAAAUCGUAGCUGGUGAUGCUGAAGUAAUAAUUGCCAAGAAAGACAAGCACACAGGACCAGUAAGAGCACUUGAUGUCAACAUGUUCCAGACUAAUCUGGUGGCCUCUGGUGCUAAUGAGUCUGAAAUCUAUAUCUGGGACUUGAACAAUUUUGCCACACCAAUGACACCGGGAGUGAAAACACAGCCUCUCGAGGACAUCAGCUGCAUUGCGUGGAACAGGCAAGUCCAGCACAUCCUGGCGUCUGCCAGCCCCAGCGGCCGAGCUACCGUGUGGGAUCUCAGGAAGAACGAACCCAUCAUCAAAGUCAGCGACCACAAUAACCGGAUGCACUGCUCAGGCUUGGCGUGGCACCCCGAUGUUGCUACCCAGAUGGUUUUGGCCUCAGAGGAUGACAGGUUGCCUGUGAUUCAGAUGUGGGACCUAAGAUUUGCGUCCUCGCCCCUUCGUGUUCUAGAAAGCCAUACAAGGGGUGUAUUGGCCAUUGCUUGGAGUAUGGCAGAUUCGGAGCUGCUGCUUAGCUGUGGGAAGGAUGCUAAAAUUCUCUGUUCCAACCCUAACACGGGCGAGGUGCUGUAUGAGUUGCCCAUGAACACCCAGUGGUGCUUCGAUAUCCAGUGGUGUCCCAGGAACCCCGCUGUCUUGUCUGCAGCGUCAUUUGAUGGGCGGAUCAGCAUUUACUCCAUCAUGGGAGGCAGCGCGGAUGGCUUGAGGCACAAGCAAGUUGACCAGCUUUCAUCAUCUUUUGGGAACCUUGAUCCAUUUGGUACGGGACAGCCCCUCCCACCCCUGCAGCUUCCCCAGCAGACUGCCUCACAGAGUGUUGUUUUGCCCCUGAAGAAACCGCCCAAAUGGAUCCAGCGACCCGUGGGAGCAUCAUUCUCGUUUGGAGGCAAGCUGGUUACAUUUGAGAAUGCCAAGUCUCAGCAGCAGCCAGGCGUCGAGCAGCAGCGUCACCAUGUCUUCGUGAGCCAGGUUGUUACAGAGGAGGAGUUCCUGGCCCGCUCAAACCAGCUGCAGGAGGCUGUGCAGUCCGAAGGCUUUGUCAGCUACUGCCAGAAGAAAAUCGAUACGGCCCAGGCAGACUUUGAGAAAAACGUGUGGGCCUUCUUAAAGGUGAACUUUGAAGAAGAUUCACGUGUUAAAUACCUUGAGCUCUUGGGAUACAGGAAAGAUGAUCUGAGGAAAAAGAUUACAUCCACUCUGAAUAAAGAGAUUCUUGCAGAUGGUGACUUGGGAGAGUCUCCGGCAGAGUCAGAUGAAUCUGUGCUGAAUGAGAGGGAUGAAGGCCAGGCUACAGAGGAGCAGCUCUUGGAAGAGAGGAUGAAGGACAAUAAACAAGAAACUGAAGAUUUGGGAUCUGCAAAGACAACAUUUAACAUCUCUGUUAGUGGAGAUGUGGACGGUUUGAUUACCCAGGCUUUGCUGAUGGGUAACUUUGAGAGUGCAGUAGAUAUCUGCUUGCACGAUAACCGCAUGGCUGAUGCCAUCAUCUUGGCCAUCGCAGGCGGACAAGAGCUGCUUUCUAGAACACAGGAGAAGUACUUUGCUGAGGUGCAGAGCAAAAUUACCAGGCUCAUCUCUGCAGUGGUAAUGAAGAACUGGAAAGAGAUUGUGCAGUCUUGUGAUCUGCAGAAUUGGAGAGAGGCUUUGGCUGCUGUGCUCACUUAUGCCAGGCCAGAUGAGUUUGCAGCCCUUUGCGAUCUCCUGGGUAACAGGCUGGAGAGCGAGGGGGACAGCCAUCUGCAGACACAGGCUUGUCUCUGUUACAUUUGUGCCGGCAACGUGGAAAAACUUGUUGCUUGUUGGACCAAAGCUCAGGAUGGAAACAGCCCCUUGGCACUUCAGGAUUUAAUUGAGAAAGUCGUAAUCCUGCGCAAAGCAGUUCAGCUCACCCAGGCUGUGGACCCUAAUGCUGUGGGGGCCCUUUUGGCCGAGAAGAUGAGCCAGUAUGCCAACCUCCUGGCUGCCCAGGGCAGCAUUGCUGCAGCUUUGACCUUCCUCCCUGUGAACACCAACCAGCCAAACAUCAUGCUGUUACGGGACAGGCUUUGCAGAGCCCAAGGGGAGCUCCCAGUGGGACAGGAAGCCCUCAAGGCACCAUACGAUAGACAGCCCGUGCCCAAAGGACGACCUGGCCCUGUGGCUGGACGGACGCAAGGGACCCAGGCUCCAGCCCAGCAGUAUUGCCAACAGGGAGACAACCCACCUCCUCCAGGGUUUAUCAUGCCAGGUGCCGUUAACCCCAGCGUGCCACCGCAGCAAGCCACGUCUUCCAAUUACAGCAUAUACUCACAAGCAGGGGCCCGGCCAGCAUAUCCACAGCCAUAUCAGGCCACACAACAGUACUCUUGUGGAACAGGGGGACCUGGACCAGCUCUCUAUCAGCCUCAGCAGCCUAUUGCUGUCCCUGCUUCAGCCUCUUACCCAAAUGCUGCUCAUAACACCACGCCUCCCUACGUGCCCUCUGCCCCUCCCCACUCUGUGCCGUCCCCGCUGUACCCUGGGCAGCCUCAACCCUCCCCAACAAGCCUGAAUCCUGUCUCUUCCUUCCCUCUUCCUCCUUCUGGCGCAUCCUUUCAGCAUGGCAGACCAGGACCUUCAGCAACUUCUAUGGCUUAUGCAUUACCAACUGGACCAACAGGUACUCUGCCUGCAACCAGUGACCUUCCUGCAUCCCAGAGAACAGGGCCUCAGAAUGGCUGGAAUGACCCUCCUGCCCUGAACAGAGCUGCCAAGAAGAAGAAGGUCCCUGAUAACUUCCUGCCCCCGGUUCCCAUCACCUCCCCCAUUAUGAACCCGCUGGCGGAUCCACAGCCGCAGAUGCAGCAGCCUCUGGCUCCGGCACCACCCGCAGGCACACCCAGCUUCCAUCCUCCUCACCUCCCCACGGGGCAACCGGUGCUGCAGGGUAGCUACCCGCCUGCUUCCCAGCCCCUGGGGCCCUGCGUCAUGCCACCCUCUGUUUCUAAACCCAGCAUGGAGGGGGCCCCUGGGGCCCCCAUUGGCAAUGCCAUCCAGGCACUGCCAACAGAGAAGAUUGCCAAGAAACCCAUCCCUGAGGAGCACGUUAUUCUGAAGACUACAUUUGAAGCUCUUAUCCAGAGGUGCCUGCUGUCUGCCUCCGAUCCGCAAACCAAGAGGAAACUAGAUGAUGCAAAUAAACGCCUGGAGUUUCUGUAUGAUAAACUUAGGGAACAGACACUCUCUCCAACCAUCGUUAGUGGUUUGCACGACAUGGUGAAGAGCAUUGAAACCCGCAACUACCAGGAAGGACUGAACAUCCACACGCACAUUGUCAGCACUAGCAACUUCAGCGAGACCUCUGCUUUCAUGCCUGUUCUGAAAGUCGUCCUCACCCAGGCCAAUAAGCUGGGGGUCUGAAGUAACCCUGCGCUGGCGAAGCCUUGAGGGUUGCUUUUCCAAAGAAGUGCGUUUCUACAGCGAACACGCGGGAGAAGGGACCAAAUGCUAGUCCUCGCGGCGUGUUGCGGUAGAGCGCUUACAGAUGGCAUUACACGUUCCCCGCAAAAUUCUUUGUUCUAGGAGGGCUGUGGAGCCCUGGUGCUUUUUAUUUUAAUCCUUUUCCCACCCCCAAUGAUUCUUGUCUACAAAUAGUAUAUUUAAUGGAUGAUGCCCUAUAUUGUCAAUUUUUAGACGCAUGUUAUACUGCUAAACAGUGGCUUUUAAUAACCGAUGCGUGUGUUAAAACAAGAUAGGUUUGU